GUUGAUAUCCCCUAGACGGCGUUUCUUCCAGACAGAAGGAAAACAAUCUCAAGUGCGCACCUUACUUGCACACAAUUCCACGUAUUGGCGAUCUGAUAUGAUUUGAUCAGACAUAAUGUGCUGACAUUUUUUUUGCUGGUCUCGAGCUUAAUAGACUUAUUGGACGUCACUUUCACGACUAUUAGUAGUCAACGUUGACUUUGAACGAACUAAAUAAUGGGAAAGAAGACCAGCGACGAAGAUACCUCACUUGCAGAAGCGUUUAUACAUUUCCAAAUGCAAGUGAAAAGUAAGGAAAUUGAGGAAUUCAAGGAGGAUAUCGCACAGCUUGAGGGGGGAAAACAAAAACUUAUCGAACUGAGGGACCACUUGCGAGAGGAGCAGAAGGGCCACAUCACUGUGCUGCGUAAACAAGCCAAAGAGCAGGAGCGGAAACUCGAACAGAGAGGCGAGGUGAACAAGGAACAGGUUGAGGACGCUCUCCAUCAGAACCUGGAGUUGAGCCGUAAUAAAGAGAAGGAGCUUGCAGAAUUAAACCAGGGCCUGAAGUGUCUUGUGGAGCAGGUGCUGGCUUUGCAAGCUGAGAAGGAAAUAUGGCUGCAGUAUAAACAUGUGGGCAGACACAAAGAUAAAGAGCGGAUUGAUCACCUAAAGGAUGAACUUGCUGGAUUACAAAAGAACUUUGAGGAGAUGGCAGAAAAUAUUAAUCGAUCCUUAGAAGUGACAUUCAAUGAAAUUGAUAAGAAAAAAGUUCAGUUGAUGGAUGACAAAAAGCAGCUUGCCUCAGAGAGAGCAAUCAAGCUUCUCGACAAGAACACUCGUCAGGAGAUCAAAGAGAAUGUAUGGCUUAAGAAAGAGGUCGGUGUAUACAAAAUGGAAGUUUCUAUUAUGGAGGAAGCUGUACAGAAGCUAGAAGAAGAGAACUUGAAGCUCACAGGUGACCUGUUUACCCAGCGGUUGGAGGACCUACAAAUAUCCAGGAAUGUGUUUCUCACUCAAGCAGCUGGACUUGGACCAAGUGAUUCUCUCACACUUGAGGAGACCUUUAUGAAAAAGGACCCAACAGCAGUGCAGGUUCGUGGCCACAUGGCUGUUGUCCAGGCAGCAGUGGACGGUGCGGUGACCCAGGCGGAGAGCGGUGACCGAGGGUGCAGCGGCGGCUAUCCUGGAGCCAUGUCUAAAGAGGGCUGGCCACAGGACCUCGGGCCACUACUGUACGGCAGUCAGAUACACUUGAAAGAGACCAUGCACCUGGGCUCUCUGGAACAGAAACUGCUGAGUGUGGUGGGCCAGGCCAUGCCCCUGCACACGGCUUCGCCUGAUGCCCACUGCUCGGGCGGCAACGACUGGCCAGUCACUGUUCACAUCAUCCGGAACAGGUUCCAAUAGUUUCAGGCUCUCUAGCUGCACAAAUGAAAGGGUCUUUUAAACAUACAUUAUAAAAGCCCACACAUUUUAUUAGCUCCCACUUGACUGAUGAAAUUAUUGAGAAGCAAGUCUACACAUGACUAGCCAUGUAUAAUAAACAUCUGCAAGGGAAUGAU